CAAUUUUUUUUCCUUCUCCACUGUGGAAGACGAAAACACACAAUCUCGCCGCCGACGAGGUUCGUUCUUCCCUCUUCUCUCAUUUCUCUCUAGCCUCCUUCUUAUUUUCUUUGGAAGCUUACUUGAUUCUUCUUUUUGGAGCAUUACUCAGCAAAAUCUUCCUUUUCCUUUGUCUUGUUCAAACUUCAGCCAGUUUUGUCGUGAAAAAUCCACUAUCACUGCACGUGAGAAUUGAGGAUGGAUAUGGAAGACGACACAGAACCACUUCAACCUGAAAACUUUUUCUUUAGUCACAACGAGUAUGGAAAGAGUUGCAAAUUAUCAACAAGGUGUAGCAUUACUAAGACGUUGAAAGCCUUAGAAAAGCUCGACAAGUCAGAAAAGGAAUGGUUUACAAAGCACAAGCAGUUCAAGCAUAUAUGGCACUUGGCUAGGCAGAAGACUAAUAAGCUGACUGGUAUGUGGAUGCUCCUUCUUCGGACUGCAUCUACACAAAAGAAGAGGGUAAGCUGGUUUGUGGUGAAUGGCAUUCCAAUACGCUAUUCAAUGAGAGAACAUGCUCUCAUCACUGGUUUUGAUUGCCAUGAGUAUGAGUCAGAUUAUAAUGCUGAGAAUUUUGGUAGCUAUGAAUUUGUGGAGAGGGUAUUUGGAUCUACAAAAAUAACUGUGAAGGAUGUGGAAAGAAAGCUGGCGUCAAUGGAUGAUAAAUGUGCUGGAGAUCGCUUACAAGUGGCUGUCUUAUACUUUCUAUGCACGGUAAUAAGAGGAAGGAGAAAGUAUGAUAGCAUAUAUCCUUUCGUUCUAAAGAUAGUGAAUGACUUGAAAGUAGUAGAAACCUUUCCUUGGGGGAGGAUUACCUUUGAAGAUAAUAUGAAAGAAAUCGAUCAUGCGAUGAAGCAUCUCGAUGGCAAAGUGCGAGAUGACUAUUUAUUUCCAGGGUUCAUAAUUCCUCUUGAGGUUUUGGUGUUUGAAUGCAUUCCCGAUAUGUCCAAACAAUUUCAAGAGAGUGUAAGAGGCGCUAAGGAUGGAUGUCCACUGAUGUGUAAGAGGAAAUUCGAAGAUAAUGGCAUGACAGGUUUUCCACUUGAUCAACUAAACGAAGCACUAGGAACAACUAAUGACAUCAUUAGUAUCCUAAAACCAUCAGCAGCUGAAGAAGCUCUUUUGCUUGACAUUAUGGAGCGAGUAGAAGAUGAAGAUUUUUUUGACCCUAUUGCUGAUGCGUGGAACGAAUGUCUCGAUGUACAACAGAAGAAAAUUUGGUGGAAGGAUCUGUAUAAGUUAGAUCUUGCUUCUCGAGGAUUUGGAGAAGAUUCUCCAGCAGUUGAAAUUAUGGAAGAGACAGAACAAGAAAAUAUUCCAGCAUCUGAAUAUAUGGAGGAGCCGCAACUAUCUGAAAAAUUGAUGAUGAAGAGGAUGAUGAAAGCAAUGGCUGAUGAGCUUAAGGAUAUAACUCUUUGGUUUUAGGUACCACUAAACGCUUAUGUACAACUAUGUUAUUGUUAUUGAUUAUGUAUCAAUAGUAACCCACGUGUGCUGGUUUUUGUUUUUAAAUCACAUGUGUUGUAGUUUGGCAAAAAAACAAAAUUUAUGAA